AUGGCGUCCUUCAACCCGAAUAUGCCUGUCCGGGGCAAUCCCUUCCUCGACAUCCCCUCCGAUAUAGACGCUCACCCUUUCCGCUUAGUAUGGGAGGAUGUCUGCUCUGUUUUCGGCGUUAUCCUCGACCUCGUCGAAUGCCUCAUCCAGCGUAAUCUCGACUUCAAAACAGCUGAUAUCCGACAAGGACGCGCCCAGCUGCGUGCUGCGCUCGCCGCGUCCACCACGAGGAAAGUCGUGCUCAUCGUCCACUCGCAAGGCGGGAUUGUGGCGUCGUCGAUUAUUGACUGGUUGUAUGGCGAGCUAAGCGAAUCCCAAAUGCAGAAAUUAGAGAUAUACACCUUCGGUAACGCAGCGAGACAGUUCCGCAAUCCGCCUCUGCACGAGCGGCAGGACAACAAUCCGGCCGGAAACACGCCCCGGAGACAGAUCCAAGGGGCACGAGCAAUCCGGCAUAUCGAACACUACGCAAACACGCGGGACUUCGUGGCUAAUAUCGGGGUGCUGCAGUUCGCAGCGCCUGCGGGCGCAUAUUCAAAUGCGAGUGUGUUUUCUGGGACCGUCUUUGUGCGAGAGGGGUCGGGGCAUUUGUUUAAUAUGCAUUAUUUGGAUCCGAUGUUUGGGGAGGACAGUGCCUUUAUGGAGUGGACGGUCGAUGUGCGGCCUGGCGAGGGACCGGGUAAAACUGUUUCCAUGCGAAUCAGGGAAUUGUCCAGGCUGUACAAGUAUAAGAAUGGGGAGAGUCCGGAAGAUCAGGAAGCCAGGUGA